UCUCCAUAGCGACGACACCCCGGAAAUACACCAUAGCCUGGUGAUCAGCUUACGGUAUGUUCAUCUGCCGCUUUGUUUAUUAGUCAAGAAAAAACUCAUAACCGCAGAGUUUGUUUGUUUGUUUGUUUAUCAUUUCAGCCAGUAAAAAUGUCGGAUCCCGAGGAUGCGCUGGAGUUAGAGCAGACAGACAGCACGAAGGACAAGAAGAAGAAGAAGAAGAAGAAGAAGAAGGAAGCAAAACGAAGCGGGAAGAAGAAGAAGGAGAAGGAAGAACAAGAGCAACAGGUGGUGGAGGAAGAAGAGGAGCAGAGUGAGUGUGUUGUGCUACGUGGGAUCUUCAAACUGGGGAAGAAGAGUCACGAUGUCUUGCUCACCCGAACCAGACUGACCUGGACCCCCAUCACCCCUGAGACCCCCUCAGCUGAGGCGUGCGUGCUACAGCCAGGCGUGGUGCUACUGCAGGACGUGUUUGCGGUGAAGGUGAAGCGCCGGCGAGCCGCGGGCCAGCAGUCGGGAGGAGCUGUGCUCGGCGUGGCUCUGUUCUGCUGCAGGAGGAGAGGGAGCAGACUGAAGGAGGACACACUGCACCUCCACAACGCCUCCGCAGAACACACAAACACCUGGUACAACACCCUGAAGGAGCUACUCGCAGGGUUCAGCAGUCGUCCCAGGUAUCUAAAGGUGUUCAUCAACCCCAGCAGCCACAAGAAGGAGGCCGUUCACAUCUACAGAGAACAUGUGGCUCCGCUCUUCAAGAUGGCUGAUGUCCGCACUGACAUCACCGUGACAGAGAGGAAGGGUCAUGCUCUCUCAGUGAUGAAGGAAUGCAAGCUGGAUGAAUAUAAUGGGGUGGUGUGUGUUGGUGGGGACGGUUCGGUGGCGGAGCUGUGUCACGCUCUUGUCUUCAGGGCUCAGCUGGAUGCUGAUUAUCCAAGGAAACCAGUGAAACCAGUGCUGCCACUUGGAAUCAUUCCUGCUGGUUCUACAGAUGUGGUUUCCUGUUCUGUUCAUGGAGUCAGAGAUCCAGUCACUGCAGCUCUGCACAUUGUCCUUGGUCACCUGCAGCAGGUGGACAUGUGCAGCUUCUCGUCUCUCGGCCAGUUGGUGCGUUUCGGUUUCUCUGCCAUGUUUGGCUUUGGUGGGCAGAGCUUAGCACGGGCAGAGAAGAAGAGGUGGAUGCCGUCAUCGCGGCGACGAGAGUACGCUCUGGUGAAGACACUGGCUAGGUUGAGACCAGAGGACUGUCAGCUGUCUUUUAUACCAGUGAAUAAGUCAAACAGAGACCAGGAACAGGACCCAGAGUCAGAAGGGGAGUCCUGGACGACCAAUCAGGGCCUGUAUCUGAGCAUCAGCAUCAUGUCCAUCCCCUGUCUGAGUCCACACGCACCUCAAGGACUGGCUCCCAACACCAGGUUGGCAAAUGGGAGCGCAGCAUUGAUCGCAGUAGGAAACACUUCCAGGUCAGAGUUCAUCAAACACCUGAAGAGAUACAGCAGCUCUAGUGGACAGUUCAGCUUCCCCUUCGUGGAGACUCACACUGUGUCUGCGGUGAGGAUUCGCCCACGGUCGAUGAUUGGCUGGUCAGAGGAGGAGAGCGAGGAAGAGGCUGACUCCAAAUCCUCGCCCAUCAUCCAAUCAGAGGGGGCGGCCUUCCCCUGGAACAUCGACGGAGAGCUGGUGGAGAUCGCAAACGAGGUGCUCGUCAGGGUCCACCCACAGCUCAUCACUCUGUACGGGGAGGAGGUGGACGAGGCGGAGUCGACCGUCUCCUGCAGCUGCAUCUGAGUCCAGCAGAAAAACUCAGCGCCCUCUCUAGGUCGUUAGUCUUUCUAUGGCGAUGUGAGCUAAUGAAGAGGUUUCAUUCAAAGUAGCAAGAACACAAAAAUAGCUUCCUGUUCAUGACACCUACGUUUAAGCUGCAUUAAUUGAUACACUGCUCAAAAAAAUACAGGUAAGACUUAAACAACACAAUGUAACUCAAAGUCAAUCACACUCCUGUGAAAUCAAACUGUCCACUUAGGAAGCAACACUGAUUGAC